GCCUCAUUCAUAUGAAUAACUUCCCAGAAACCUGUGCUACCAAACAGUUGAACAGCGUCACCACUGGACACGGAACUGCAAUUACAGAGAUCCCCACUAGCUUGCGACCUAAUAGAUCGGGCAAAAAAAAUAGGCUCUCGGUGGACAUGGCGUUAUCGCAUGUAUUUGAAACACCUGUAUCAGGUUUUAAUUUUGAGAACUCGACAAGAAAUAUUUUAUUGGAGAAUGUUCUGGAUGAGGGAAAAACCAAGGCCCCUAAACCUCUGAAGACAGGCACCACAAUCGCAGGAGUGGUGUAUAAGAAUGGUGUGGUUCUCGGAGCAGACACAAGGGCCACCUCCAGUGAAGUAGUGGCAGACAAAACAUGUGCCAAAAUUCACUACAUUGCUCCCAACAUAUAUUGCUGUGGAGCAGGGACGGCAGCAGACACAGAGAAAACCACAGAUUUGCUAUCAUCCAACCUCACCAUUUUCUCCAUGAAUAGUGGCAGAAACCCUAGGGUUGUCAUGGCAGCUAACAUACUACAGGAUAUACUCUUCAGGUAUCGAGGUAUGAUUGGAGCAAAUCUAAUACUUGGAGGAGUGGACUGCACUGGGAAUCACCUCUACAGAGUGGGGCCCUUUGGGAGCAUGGACAAGGUUCCAUAUCUUGCCAUGGGAUCUGGUGAUUUGGCUGCUAUGGGUAUACUGGAGGACAGGUUUAAAGUCAAUAUGGAGGUAGAGGAGGCCAAGACAUUGGUGUGUGAUGCCAUCCAUGCAGGCAUCAUGACUGACCUUGGUUCAGGCAACAACAUAGAUUUGUGUAUCAUCACCAGGAGGGGGGUGGACUACAUUAGACCCUAUCAGGAGUCUGAAUACAAGCAAAGGAGGCAGGAGAAGUAUAAAUAUAAGCCAGGUACAACCCCUGUUUUGACAGAGAACAUAGUUCCUUUGGAGCUGGAGCUGGUUCAUGAGAUGGUUCAGACAAUGGAAACAGCCUAAAAAAAGAGUGAAAAAUCCUUAUGUUUCCAGUCUGGCAGCACUGCUUUGUCAUGAUAAAGCAAAUCAAAUGUAUUGCUUGUUUUUUUUCCUUACUACCAUGUAAAAAGCAACCAUGUAUUUUUUACAAAGACAAGCAAAGCCAUUAAUAAACCAUAAGUUUUAAAAAGAACUGUAAAGAUUGUGGACUAUGAAGAUUGUAUACAACAUUGGAAAGACACAAUCAGGACAAAUACACAUCUUAAAGCUAAUAUAGCCUA